AUAUCAUAGUACUCUUAUUCAUAGUGUUAUGGUUCAAAUUCCCAUCAUCACCUUCUGAAGCCUGAACAGCCUUGGAAAAAUGGCCCACCCGUCCUUCAUUCCCAAGCCACCAGCUUCCCUCCUCUCAUCCCCCUCCUCCUCCUGCUUCCUCCUCGUCCUCCUCAGCCUCUCCACCGUAGCCCUCUACACCCUCCACCGCCACCACCACCACUUACAACCCACAACAAAAACAACUUCCAAAACUGCCCUCCACUACCGAACCACAUUCCUCUCUCUCUCUACCAAUUCCACCCUCUCCGCCUACCUCCGCCGCCUCACCCUCCACCCCCAUCUCGCCGGCACCCCCCUCUCUCUCCAGACCGCCCAGUACGUCCAAUCCCACUUCUCCACCCUCGGCCUCCCCACCCACGUGAACGACUACUCCGCCCUCCUCUCCUACCCCACCCUCUCCUCCCUCUCCGCCCGCUUCAAGAACGGAACCACCGAACCCCUUCCCCUGGCAGAACCGGGUUUCGGCCCGGAGAACGACGUCGUUCGGCCUUACCACGCGUACUCCCCCUCGGGGUCGGUUAUCGGUUAUGCUGUUUUCGUUAACUUCGGGCGGGAGGAGGAUUACAAAGCGCUGGAGGCGUUGGGGGUGAGCGUCGGGAGAGCGGUGGUGGUGGCGAGGAGGGGGGAAAUGUCGCGCUACGCUGUGGUCGAGAAGGCGGCGGAGAAGGGGGCGGCGGCGGUGCUCAUGUACACGGAGGCGACGGCGGAGUUUAACGGCGGAGGGGUGGAGAGGGGGACGGUAAUGGGUGGGUUGGGGGACCCGCUGACACCUGGAUGGGCGGGGGUUGCAGGUGGGGAGAGGUUAGGGUUGGAGGAUAGCGACGUUUUGAGGAGGUUUCCGAAAAUACCCUCGAUGCCUCUAUCGGUUGACACGGCGGAGAUCAUUCUGAGGUCACUCGAGGGGACCAGGGUGCCCUACGAAUGGAGGGGUACUUUGAAGUCCGAAGUAGGCAGUGUCGGACCUGGUCCUACCUUGCUUAACUUCGUUUACCAGGGUGAGAAAAAGAUGGCAUCAAUCCGUAAUGUAUUUGCUGUCAUAAGAGGAUCAGAGGAGCCUGAUCGCUUUGUAUUGCUUGGCAACCACAGAGAUGCGUGGACUUAUGGAGCUGUAGACCCCAAUAGUGGGACUGCAGCCUUACUUGACAUUGCCCGUCGGUAUGCUCUUCUCAUGCGUUUGGGUUGGAAUCCUAGAAGAACAAUCAUUCUCUGCAGCUGGGACGCAGAGGAGUUUGGGAUGAUAGGAUCUACUGAAUGGGUUGAGCAAAACCUUGUAAACCUGGGCUCUAAAGCUGUAGCCUACCUUAACGUGGAUUGUGCAGUUCAAGGGCCUGGUUUCUAUGCUACUGCGACUCCUCAGCUAGACAAUCUCCUUUUAGAGGUCACAAAGAAGGUUAAAGAUCCUGAAUCAGAGGGCAUGACACUUUACAACAAGUGGAAAACUACUGACAGAGGUGUGGAUAUCCUGAGAUUCAAUGGAGCAGAUUCAGAUUUUGCACCCUUUUUGCAUCAUGCCGGGGUUCUGUCUACUGAAUUAUAUUAUGGCAGAGAUUUUCCAGUCUAUCAUACGUUUUUUGACUCCUAUAACUGGAUGUUAAAUCAUGGAGAUCCGUUGUUUCAGCGUCAUGUGGCGAUUGCUGAAGUCUGGGGACUUCUUGCACUUCACCUGGCUGAUGACCCAGUUCUACCUUUAAAUUACCUCUCUUAUGCAGCUCAAUUGCAGGAGUAUACAAAUGUCUUGAGUAACUUGUUGGAAGGGAGUGUCUCUCUACAUCCUAUAACAGCAUCCAUCCAGGAAUUUGUUGUUGCAGCCAAAGAAGCUGAGGAGGAGGCAAAGAAACUGAGAGCGCAAGAGGCUCCAGGCAGUACUUCGGAGUUGAAGAAGCGCAUGUUGAAUGAUCGGUUGAUGUUUGCUGAAAGAGGCUUCUUGGAUGCUGAAGGGCUUCACGGCAGGGAGUGGUUUAAGCAUCUGGUUUAUGGGCCCCCGGGUGAUCAUGAUGGCAAAUUGGUUUUCUUCCCAGGAAUAGCUGACGCUGUUUCGCGGUCCAGAAAAAUGAACCAGACAGAAGGGGAUGCGGCGAUUCAGCAUGAGAUUUGGAGGGUUGCCAGGGCCAUUCAAAGAGCUGCCUAUGCUUUGAAAGGCGGACUCACCUAAAACUAUCUAAGGGUCUCUCCCCCACACACAACCGGUGUACAGAGAGAGACGGGCGUGUGUAUGGCAAAAUUAUUACUUGCUUGCUCCUGGGGCUUUUUCCAGAUAAUAUGUGUGGGCUUCACGACCAAAUUUGUGGCGGUGCUCCAGGAGCACUGAAUAAUCACUGUGUAUGCAUCCCCCUCCCCACCAUAACUUUUUUGGUAAAAUAUAGUAGUUAGCUUUGGUUCUUCGUUAAGCUUGGAUUUUGGAAGUUGGUAUUUUCAGGCAAUUGUAAAGUGGGCAUUUAACCUUACUAACUUUUGUUAAAAUAAAUUUUUUUGAA